AGAACGUGCGUGCCAACCGAGUUUACAAACGCCCAGUUCUCCGAGGUACGAAUGUACGACGAGUACUUCAUUUCUAGUUUGUUUUUUUUUUAAUUGUUCUUUUUUUUUUUUUUUAAAUCUUCUAUCAUUUCCUCCUGUCACCGAUCCACGAUCGACGAGUCGGUUUUACGAAGUUACUCAACGAAGCAAAAGUAUCGAUCGCGAGUGUGUUACCGAGACCCAUAAAUCCUUCGUUUUCACUCUUUCGAUGACGGAGUGAAGAGUAAUUUUUUGUUUUUCACUCUCUCGCACACAGCCGGCUCGCUCCGAAAAUCUGAGGAUUUAUUCCGGACGAUCGAAACUACUCAGACUUGAUUAUUCCAUCUCGUUACGUUUUACAAUCGCAAGUGAUCACGAGUGCUAAGAACCGGAAAUGGAUCGCAUCGAUCGAAGUAAAAAGUAACCGUGGGUGCGACGAUUUAUCGGCAACGAUAAUGACCAGCUAUCGAUGAGUGACAGUUCUUUGUUGGUUCUAUUUAUUUGGUUUUGUUUCUUGAUACACCAGUGAUUGAUCUACACUAUCGUGAGGAUUUUUCCCCAAGCAGUUUGGUUAUUAUUGUUUUAUUAUUAUUUGCGAUCGUUGAUCGUGGAGCCGGAGCUACUUAUCGAUCUCGAAGUGAACCAGUGCCAGUGGAGGUAAUUUAGUCGUCGAACGCCGAAGGUAAAAAAGAAAGAAAACGAGGCGCAGAAACGAUUUGCGGGGAGGAUUAAGUUAACGGGGUAUGACAGAGGGGAGAACGAAACGACGAAUCGAAAACGAACAUUAAAUACGAAACGAAAUACACUCGUGCGAGUGAAACUUUUUUACGAGACUGAAUAUAUUGAGGGUGCGAUAUCGAGACACGUAUUUAGUUGGGAGUCUUCCGGACGAAUUUAGUGGACGUGUGUUAUGGUCCGAAGUAAAAGGGCGAAAGAAAAAUGCCCGAAGUUCAGCGAUCGGAAUCAUUGAGAUCGGCCAACGAAGGCGAAACCGGGGAUCUUCCGAGCGAGGUCCAUACUGCCUCGAUUGUCGUCGAGACCCGACUCUCGACUGCAGGCUCCCCCGUAGCUACUCGAAAGCUCCCCGAGAGGAGCGUCUCAUUCAAUCGCGAUGUCCACGUCAAGAGAAUUGGACGUGGCGCACCGCGAGUAACCGCGGCCCUCGUCGGCGAUGGAGAAGGUAGGUUGAUCGCGACACCGGUGCACAAAGAGAGCAUAACCUCAAGGAGCAAGGAGGAUCUGGCCCUGGAGGCUGCCCACGUGCUCGAGCAAGUUGGUAACGUGAACUGCGUGGCUCGUGACAACAGACGUUUGCCGGGCAAAUUUAGCACGUUGCCGGCGCGGAGGAACAAGAAGAGAUCGGAAUUGGCGCUCGAGACGAGACGUCGAAGCGUUGAGAUCGGCGGCACGAGCGAGGAGUGCGUCGAUACACCGAGAGCCAAGAAAAAGGCUCUCGAGCGUAGCGCGAGCGAUGCGAGUUCUUCGCACAAGCUAAAGUCUCCGUUGGCCAAGUUUUUCUCACCGAAGUUGGAGAGAAAGUGGAAACCAACGGUUAAGCGUAGCGUGAGCGACGCCGGUGCUGCGAGCAAGGAAGCCCGGAGUCAACGCAAGAGAAGCGGCAGCAGUGACAGUGAAGCCGCUGGAAGCCAACAGAACGGCUCGAGGGCAAAGAAACCUUUGUCGCCGAUAAUCGAGGCUUCGCCCCAGAUCGACAAGCCCUUUGACUUUACUGACAAAAGGGAUUCUGCUAAAUCGAAACAAGCUGCUCAAGUCUUGUCGGAGACGCAGCCGAGUGUCGAAGAACUUACGAGAGUCCACGAGAUUUUUAUACAAAAACCGCCCAAGUCGCCUCCCAAAUCGCCCGACUCGAAACGUCCCUUGUCACCGAGCGUCGAAUCGAGGAAAAUCAUUUACGGAGAAUCCUCGAGAAAAGUCAGCACCUUGCCACGCGAUCGUUCACCGGUUUCAGCCACCGUCGACGUCAAAGUCACCAUCGACGAGGUCGAUCAGGCUUCUCUUGGAAAAACUAGUGACAUGCUGCACAGCAGUCGAUACGAUCAACAACACGGUGGCAGUGGGGCUAGCGAAGAAUCAUCGACCAUUCACAAAAUGAUUCACCGUCUGACCGCCGAUCGUUCCCCACCGCCACAGCUAACCAGAACCAUGGUGUCACCCGGUCCAGGCUUCGGACACAACAACAAUCGACCGUUCUCUUACACACGGCCGAACAACAGUAGCGAGAACAACAGCCCGUCACCGCCUCAUCAUCAACAAUCGAGCGUUAUUUACGCCCAAGUACAAAUGGACAAGAAGAACAAAGCUCAGCGCAGCCACUCGGACAGUGACGAGGGUCUGGGCCUCGAGAGAAAAGAUUCGUCGAGGGAGAACAGCCCAGCUGAGAAGGAGUAUCGCCGGACAACCGAAUACACCAAUUACGGGAGCGAUCUUAGACGCAACAACGAGAUCAACAGCUUCAAAUCCUCUCGAUACGUCGACGAUGUUUCCUCUCACAAAACCGUACCGAGCCAUUUCCUUGGCAAUAAUUUCUCACCGAGAGCUCCGAGCGACUCCAAGUCUCCGAGACGCCACGGCUUCGACGACGUCGACCGGAACCUCUUCGACAGACCCGCGGAAAAAUACACUUCGACAGUUUUCGUGGACACUUCCGGUCGCGGCACUGCCGACGGUAUGGAUUCGAGGCGCCGUGAAAACGUCGAACGAUUCACGCCCGGUGGCACUCGACAAACCGUUGUUCCGACCAGCAAAACUAGCGAGCUCAGUGCCCGCCGAGAUCUUCUCGAAUCACGGAUAAAAUCGCGUCUCCACACCGACGAGAUGUUCGUCAAGAGCAACGGCAUUUCCGUUGCGAAAAAAACGGAACACGAGAUAAUCGACAAACCGAUAGUUCCCUCGCCCAUAACACCGAACCGAGUCGCCUCUCCGAAGCGUUACACCGAUACUUACAUCACGGAAACCCGCACCAACAGCAACGGUGAGAAGUACAUAUUCGAGAAGGAAAUACACGAGGACAAUGGCAAAGUUUAUGGUUACGAGAAAAAAAUAACUAACAAAAUACCCGGCGACGCCAUAAAUGUGGAGGCGAAGCCUCGGAACGGUUACACCGUGGAAACGCGGACCGACAAAUACGGUGACAAGUACAUCGUCGAAACGCGUACUCACGAGGGUUACGCGGACGGUUUCAAGCCGUUUCUCAGUGACAAAAGUCGCAACAGUCCCGAAGGCGCUCGUUUUCCCGUGACGAGAAGCUCCGGGAGUCCCUACAGGUCGACCAACUACAUCGUACCGGACGCUCCGAGCCACCGUAGGAUCGAAACGCCCGAGACACUCGGACAAUCGUCGCCGCACGUUGUGAGGAAAAUUCGCGAGCACAAGUUCUCCAAGAGCGAAGAUUUUCUCGAUCGCGAGACGAGACCGGUGCGCGAUUCUUACGUGCCGAAGAGCAAGAAAAAUUUUGAAUCGAUUCGCGGCAUGAGCAAAUCCACUCAGAGACUCGACGAGGUGGGCGAAAACUCGAGAGUCAAAGCUCUCCGCAGCGAGUACAUCACGAGAUCGCAUGAGAAUUUGAGCAGCGCCGACUACGUCAACGGACGCGAUAUUCGUCGCGAUGUCACGAGCCCCACACGCAUGAACGGGCGCAAGGAACGGACGACCUUGGUGAAGCGACACCUGGAGGAUCUCCGCGAACGUCCCAACGACGAUUACGAUACCGACAUUUCGCAGCUCACCAACAGCCAACUGGAGUCUUCCAAAUACUACAAAGAGACUCGAACCACUCAGCGAUACUCGUCGAGCAAAGCGAAUAAUCUCAAUGACGAUUACGACAGUUCACCGCCUCGACUGCGGAAAGGCGACCACCGAGUCGGAGGCUACAGUUCAUCGCGCUACGAUUCCGACACAACGGCCCGUGACUCAACGAGAUGCGAGUCUCGUUACGUCGACGAGAGAUCGUCGAGCAGCCGCAAGGAGCAUCCGCGAAAGUUGAUGGAGAGCGAGCCGAAAAAACCGUUGCGCAGAUCGCGCAAUCGUCUCGAUUAUUUCGACGAUUCUGAUACUCGCGAGAGCCCUCGCGGCAAAUCGACGAGCCAACGAUUGGAGACUUUCGACGAGAGUCCGACGAUGCCCGAGCGUGUCUUCCACGAGACGAAAGUUCGUCACUUGCGUCACGAGACGCGCGGCCACGUGGAGCGCCGUAGUCGCGAAACAAGGCUGAGCGAUACCGAUCGUAAAGACCGUUUGGCAGACUCCGGCAUCGAGAAUGACUACCGAAGGGACUCGCAGGAAGCCGAUCGAAGGGAAGCCCUCGAGUCCGACGACGAGGGCUUCGUUACCACCCAGUUCAUCAAGCACGAGCGACGUCACACCGACCGCAACAUGAAUCUCACGCCCUCGGAAAGACGCAAAUACGAUAAAUACGUCGCGGCGAAACGCAACGACCACGUUAUCACCUCGAAACCACCGACCGGUACGGACAAAAAGUACGAGAAAAAAGUCGCCAAGAAGAGUGGAACGAUGAGCAAAGUCAAACAAUUGUUCAGCAAAAAAGAGAAAAAGGCCAAGGAGGAAAAGAGCAAGAGCAAAAGUGUCAGAAGCGGAAGCAGCGGGGCGCUUACCGAUGACGAAGUCACCAUGAGAUAUCGGGAAUAUCGCGGCGACCAACUCAGGAGUGCCCGAAGCGCCAGGGAUCUGGAAAGCGACGUUAAUCAGGAGGAUUACAGCCAGCGUCGACGUCUCUCGACCCCAAGCGGAAGCCCCAGCCCUCCUAGGCCCGCCCGCCUCUCCCGCUCUACGGGAACACUCACCCGUGACGAGGAACCCUUUUGCGAUUUGAAGAACACCCUUACCAGAGAUAAUCAGAGCCAGGAGGCUGAAAGAAAGGGAUGGUUCAAAUCGUUAUCACGAAAGAACAAAACAAGUGCCAAGCCCGUCGAUAAAAAACCGAGAAUCCCUGAGAGCGAAAUCUUGACUACUGGCACCGAAGACGAAGAAGCUUCCUCGGCACCCGAACGCGUCUCCGUUCAGAAAAAUCUACGAUUCUUCGGCGACACCGACCAAGAGUCUUUCUCCUCCAAUCGGGAACGCAGGAGCAAACGUUCCGAUGAUCAUGCAAGCGCCAGGUGUGACGUAACCAUCUCCUCGAGCCGACAAAAUUUGAGCGUACCAACGCCACCAAGGAAACCACCGAGGCUCGCCGAAAGUGCAUUGUCCUCGGGUGAAAGUACCACCGGCGAUAGCAGCCAGCAGAGUCAGAAUUCUCAGAGAUCUCAACGAUCGGUUGUUUAUUUACACGCUGCUACAGUUGGUGAAAUACCUGGACCUAACGAGAGACGACGCGCGGCGUCUCGAGACGAGUUGAAUCGACCCCUUCAGUCCCACACGAAAACGGUCUCGAGGAGCGUAAGCGUUCUCGCACCCUGGAAGCCACGGCAUUACCGCGAGCCAUUCGAGAUCAAUUAUGAUCAACAGCAGCAUCAUCAAAAACCACCAACAACCAUGAAACGCAGACAACGAAGUCGCGAGACUCUCAGCAGACGUGGCAAGGAACCACGACGCAGCAAAGACAAUCUUUCGAAAACCGGUACGAUCAAUCGAAGUACUUUGAAGUCGAAGGACAAGCAAAAAGUGGACAGAACCGUAUCGACGGAGUCGUUGGCCUCGAAAAGUCGGAACGGGAAUUCGCGGGUCGAGCUGAGUCGUUCGACGUCGGUACCGAGGGAUCCGAACAAGAGUGCCGGAUGGUUCAAGAUCAAGAGCAAAAAAUCCCGAGCUUAGUGGGAGCGCCAUUUGAUCAAUGCUAGUCUUGAGUUUCAUAUAAACAAUUGCGUAUGCUUUUUCUCAAUAACGAUUACGUAAUAAAGAAAAAUAAAAAUCAACAGAAUUGAAAUAAAGAAGCACACGAUCGUUCGUCAAUGUUUCGUGACGAUUACGUAUUUUUUUACAUUUAAAAUACGUUCGAGCGUGCAUCGAAAAUGUAAAUGGCCACAAAUGUAUAUGACGAUAAUGAUUAAUUAAUCUACUAAUCGAAGGUACCUCUCCAACAUUCAAACUUUCGCAAUGGAAGCUCAGCUCGUUUGUGAGCAAUGUAGAAUAUCGAAUUAUUUUCGAUUAAGUUCAUCUUCGAGCUUACCCGCGAACGUUUUCCACACCGUUAAUCACUGAAAAAGAGAUAAAACACGAGUAAAUUAUACACACGUAUAGUACACACGUUUGUAUGAAAAAGUGUAAUUGUUAGGAUGAUUAAUUGGAUGUUUACUUUCCACUUCGAUCGACCAUAUCCAGCAAAUGAGGAGAAUAUUCUUGAAAUCAAAUUUUUGUCCAUUCAUUAGGGCGAACUCGAACCGCUUUCUGUUUAUUUUCCCAUAGAACGGAGCUAGAGAGAAGAUAUUGUUGCCAAAAGAAAUUCAAAUAUAUGAAAAAAAAAAUUGCAAAAUAGUAAUUAAACAUUUUUUCCAUGCCUCGGUGUUAUUGGAAGUCAAAAACGAGAAUUUAUGCAAAAUUUAUAGCUCAAUAAACAAUUUAGAGUGAAUUUAAGUCUGUAACUGCAAGACCCUCGAGUUCGGUGGUUCGAAUCAAAAGAAAGAAAUCUGAAGAAUUGAUCAUCCUAAUAAUGAUGGUAUAUUUAGAUGAAUAAAUAUAAAUAUAUUUUGAUGUAUAUUAAAAAAUGUAAUUAAACUAUAUCCGUACAUGCUGCUACAUUUUUUGUUCAAUAUUAAAAAUCAAAUGCAUUGCCAUUCCCAUGAUUUCUGAAAGAAAGAACAAAUCUAUGAGUAUAAAUAUGUAUAUACGUGAGUUAUAUACGAAAAAGGGGUAAAGAGGAUAAUAAAAAUUCAUUUCCGUAAGGGAAUAAAAUAAUUGCAUUGGAUUAUGAUUAACAACGUGAAAUCAAGGGCGUUACAAACGCGCCAAAUAAUGCAUCGUUGAUAGAAAGAUGUGAAUUAUCAAAAUUCUUUCAGAGCUUGAAAUAAAGCAGAAAUCCUUUGAUGUUUCUAAAUGUGAAGGCAUGGAAAAAAGCUUUUGUUUUUUCUCAUCUUCGAUCGUUAACACUUUAACGCAGCGUUCUCUCUGCCAGAUUUAUAAUCGAUAAAUUUUUGCCGUGUUUGAUGAGAAUGCCAUUUUUUUAUUAUAUAAACGCGGUAAUGAAUCGUCCAUCAGUGAAGAGACCGCCCAAGAAUUCACGAGUGAAUAACGACGCAACGACUUGGAAAAAGUAACUAGCAUCGAUCAUUGUCACCGAUUAUUAUUAUUAUUAAUAUUUUUUAAUGUGAUUAUGUAAACGGCGACUAAAAAAUUGAAGAAAAAACAAAAACGUGAAUUGGUGAGCGAAGGAAAUAAACGCCCGAUCCAGAAA